AUUAUUUCGCGAUGAUGACAAGGCGAAAAUGAUUGAUCAGGGGAAACAUUUGAUACCAUGGAUGGGCGAUAGCACGUUGAAGAUAGACAGAAGAAUAAUGUCUGAGUCCGAAGCUAAGCACAUAGGCAGCAGUUCGGAAAAUGUCGAAGCGGGCUACAACAUGGUUAACGUACGGAUAAGCAAUCUGGAGACUGUUUAAGGUUUCCGCAGGUGGUGCCGUGAAAUAGGCGGUGUGGAUGCGCGAUAUACCUAUGUAUCCGCGAUCUACACGGCCGUAGAGCAGCGUGCUCUCAUCACGUUCGUGUUCGUGGCUGAACGUCGCCAGCAGCAAGGUGAGACACAGCGUAGAGAGACAAACGGCAGCUGACGAUUGUAGGCACUACAAUCGUUCAGCAUGGUAUGUAUUUUAUUACCGGCAUUAACGCGCAACGCGGUUCCUGUGCUUCUCCUUUGGAUUCGUAUAUUUACGAGAGACCGAUCGCGGAUCUUUAUUUCUCUUGCCCUAACAUGUACAAUUGUCAUCUGAGUAAAUUCGAACAACGCUACAUAGCCCUCGCAUUAAAUUUCCAUCUCGAUUCGGAUUAUUGUUUGUAAUCGUGAACUCGUACCGGCGCCGACGAUCGAAUAAAAGCUUAAAAGUAUGUCACAAAGUGUUGUAUAAUCGUCUUCUAUAUUUCAGAGGAAGUUUGAUUUUGACUCAAGCAGGUUUUGCUUCGUGACAUAAUUUUCAGAUGCCGAUAAAACGAGCAAUGUCUCGAAAACGCGUGCCGUCUUCUACCUCUGAUACGAUUUAUGUAUGUGUAUAGAUACGAUGGACGCGGUGCGCUGGGGGACCUGCGGAUUUACGAACCGCCGACAGGCGGGUUCGAUCAAAGAACCAUCCUUACGGAGGACGAACUGAGAGUGGAGCAAUUAUGCGAUGAGGAACGCUAUCGGUCACUGUACAACAACGAUGUGGAGGAAUCCGUGUAUCACGAGGAGGAGAUGAAAAGAUUGCGUCAGGCUCUGGAUUCGGAGAACGCGUACAGUCAAGUGGCGUACGACUACAAUGAGGAUGGGAAUGCGGCGAAAGCUACCAGCGAGGACUCACAAAGUCCGAAGCGAUCGGAAGGCUCCCAAGAAGAAGAUCAGGCCUUUGUUCCACCUCCCGAAUUAGAAAUUCCGGAAGGAAUUGCACUGCCGGAGACACAAAAAUUGAAUGCCAUUAUAACGAAAACAGCGCUGUUUAUAAGUCGCCAAGGCGGCCAAAUGGAGAUACUGAUUAAAGCGAAGCAGGCGAAUAACCCUCAGUUUUCCUUCUUGUCGAUAGACGGACGGCUUCAUCAAUAUUACAGAUUCGUAUUGGACGCGAUCAAGACUGGAAAAUAUAAUCCAGAAAAGCCGCCUGAGAAGGAAGAAUCCGAACACGAAGAAGGAUCGUCGGAUCAAGACGAUGAACCGUAUCUUCAUCCAAGCUUGGCAUCGUCGCUGACCAAGAUAGAAGCGGCACCCAGCAUUCCGAGUAUACAGUACAAACCAUCAGCCGACUGCGCUUAUUCGAUGCUCGUGAACAAAAUAACCGGAAAGCCGCCACCUUCGAAAGCACCGUUACCACAUCCCGAAGCGAUUCAACCGGCAACAACCACGGGAUACUAUCACCUCGCGCCAGGACAGGCUUACAGUCCCUAUCCGAGCACGGUACCAACGGCGGGGACAGCGUCAGCAGUAGCCGCGCCUGUACAGUACUCUCACGGCCCGGUAAUAUACGGACAAUUGCCAAACGGGCAGAUGCAGCCACCUUUACAUCUCGCCUCGGUGAAUCUAAUGCCCGUGAACGAAACCGUCGCGACGCAAGUCUCGAUGAUCGAGCAACCGUCGUUAGUGCCGUACGGUAACACGCCUCAGAAGCAGCUGAGCAGGCCUUCGUUCAUCGUACCACCCGCGGACGUACAGAUAAUCAUCGACAAGAUGGCCAGCUACGUGGCGAAGAACGGUAGAGACUUCGAAGCUAUUGUGAAAAACAAAGGAGACCCGAGGUUCAACUUCUUGGAGCUGUCGCACCAGUAUCACGGCUAUUACGCGCACAAGUUGACGAUAUACGAGGGCGCGGUGAAUCCGAAGGUGUUGACAGAAGAAGAACUUCUGCAGAAACAGGAACCUCAGGAAGAGAAACAGAAGAAAUUAGAAGAAUUGCAGAAGAAGCAACAGAGGAUGGAAGAAGUGCAGAAAAGAGUGAAGAUGAUACAAGCAAAGAAAAAAUGUGAACCGAGGACGAGUCAAGGAACGACGAGUUCGGAAGGAGUCAGGCAAGUGACGACCGUGUCGUUCUCGAUAAAGAAACCGAAGGACGGGGACACAGCAGUGAUCGAGAAACGGAAUGCCCUUCCGUUGGAGGAGAGCGACGACGAGAUGGAAGAGAACAAGGAUGGACACUCGAGGUCGGGUUCGCCGCAAAAUUCGAGCGAGCACGGUUCGUUGACAGCUUCUGGAAUCGUCGAGAAGGAGAACACGAGGAAGUUGAGGCACGAGGACAAAGAAUUGGUGGAUCUGACGGAUGAGAUUUUAGAAGAUUGUCAGAAGGAGAUCAGGCACAAGCAAGCUGAAGACAGGAUCAAAGACAAACUAGUCGCGGCGGCGAGAGAUAAACUGGCAGCCACUUCGAAAGAGAGACAGCUACAAUUGGAGAGGAAGAAAAAGGCGGCCGUGUUUUUGAGUCAAAUACAAAGUUCCAGCUUGUCGAGGUCUAAUCCCUCCACGACUACCUCUGGGCACGGGAGGAAGGACGAUUCGGACGAGGUUCAAUCCCUUCCUUCGCCAUCCGCCUCGCCGUCGUUAGACGAUGCGAAAACUUCCUACGAUUCGAGGACCAGCGGUGGAAAUUCGCUGAUGGACAGAUUGAAGAGCGCGGAUUUGACUGGGAAAAGAUCUAGACCGCGAUCGAGAAGUCCGAGCGGGAGCCGAAGUUACUCGGACAGGCAAAAGUAUCAUAAGAAACACAAAAAGAAGAAAAGUUCCCAUAGAAGCAAUCAUGAAAGUCGAAGCAGCUCACGAUCGCGCAGAUCGAAGAAGAGCAAGAAGUCGUCCUCGAGGCACAGGUCUCCGUCGCGAACGCCGUCCCGGAGGCACCAGCACAGCGCACGACGAAAGGGAAGCAACUCCUCCUAUUCGGAUUCGAGUUCGUCAUGAAAAACCGCCCGCGAGACUCUUUAAACACAUUGCUACGUGUCAAACUGUAUAUUAUAUACACGUAAACUAAGUGUAUGCACGGCUGCGUACGCGCGCGACUGAUCGAGGCGACGAUAAUUUAAUACAUACUUUUGUCCACGGAAGUGAAAUGAAGAGUGUAAGAUUAAAGAAUAAACAGGAAUUUUAACAAGAUGGUA